CGAGUUAGCAGGCAGAGAGCGCAGUAGUUGACUAGAGCCGCCAUUAUGGCUUUCCGUAACCACGCUCUAGAAGCAAGAUUAGAAAAUUGUUUUUCCCUGUUUGUGACCGAGUGCGAGAGCGCAGUGACUAUCGGAAUGAACUAGGAAACGUUCCGGGUCGUGUUACCGGGUCCCGGUGGACCUCCUAGCGGGCCUUGGAAGUAGAAUUUUCGCGUGUUUUUUUUCUUCCGUUCGGUUUUCUUGGUUUGGGUCCCCGUUUUUUGCACGCAUCCAGUUCGAUUGGUAGUGUGAGAGUGGGAGGAGGGUAAAAAGAGAAAGAAGCAAAGGUGACAGUCAACAAAAAGGCGUUUUACAAGCACAGAACCGUUGGUGGGAGCGAGAAGGAAGAGAAGCAAAAAAAAAUGUCGAAGCUUUCGUUUCGGGCGAGGGCCCUCGAUCCCUCGAAACCGAUGCCCAUAUAUCUGGCCGAGGAGCUGCCGGAUCUUCCGGAAUACUCGGCCAUCAACCGGGCCGUGCCGCAGAUGCCCAGCGGAAUGGAAAAAGAGGAGGAAUCGGAGCAUCAUCUGCAGCGGGCAAUAUGUACAGGACUAAUCAUUCCUACACCGGAGGUGUUCGAAGCAACCGAUUCAGAAUUUUACGAACGGUAUUACCCGCAAGACUACAAAAUGCCGAAGCAGAUGAUUCACAUGCAGCCGCUCAACCUUGAGCAGGAUGUUCCUGAUUAUGACAUGGAUAGCGGGGAUGAGCAGUGGGUUAACACACAGGGCAAAAGGUUGGAUCUGGAUCCAUUGAGGUUCGAGACGAUGAUGGACCGGUUGGAGCGAAGCUCUGGUCAGACUGUAGUCACGCUGAACGAAGCCAAAGCAUUGUUGAAGCAGGAUGACGAAAUCAGCAUCGCAGUAUACGACUACUGGCUGAACAAGCGGCUCAAAAUGCAACACCCACUGAUACUUUCGGUGAAAACGGAAAGUAGGGGCAAUACGACCCCGAAUAAUCCCUACUUGGCAUUCCGGAGGCGUACUGAGAAGAUGCAAACCAGAAAGAACCGCAAGAACGACGAGUCCUCGUAUGAGAAGAUGCUCAAACUGAGGCGAGACCUCAGCCGAGCGGUAACCUUGCUGGAGAUGAUCAAACGGCGGGAAAAGAUGAAGCGGGAGCAGUUGCACCUUAGCAUAGAGGUCUAUGAGAAGCGUUAUCAGACACAGGACUUCAAUGGACAGUUACUGGCCGAGUACACGGCAACUGCAACCAAAGCCACACGACCUGCGUUUGCGCCAAUUUAUUCGAAUCAAUUUUCAUCGCACCAUUCCGCACUGGCUGGCUCCGGUUCGGGUGUUGCCAGUGGAUCCGGUGCAGGAGUAUACAGCAGUGGAUCAUCUGCACACUACCAUGUGAGCGGUAGUUCUAGUAAGCGCGAUGUCGACGCAAUGGGCGGAAGUCGGAAAGAGAAACGCCAGUAUAAGAAGCGGAAACAUAAAAUUCCGAAAGAAAGAGCAUCAGCUGGCAGCGCAACGGGUAGUUCCGGUAUUGGUCAUGCGGGAUCGGGAUCGGCUGGCUAUCACUACCAAUAUCAUCCGGCAGCUGCUGGAGCUGGUGGAAGUGGUAUGCAGAAAGUGGAUAGUUUAAUCGGAAGUGGACUAGGAAGUGGUACUGCCGCCGAUGCUGCUCUUUCCUCUGACGACGAGGAACUUGCCAACUUGCAGGGAAGUUCCGCCCCGGAGGAGGAAUUCGCGUACGCAUUUCGUCGGAGCAAGUUUAGUCAAUAUCAUAGGCCCAUUACGAAUGGUUUUGGAAAUUGGCCGUGGGUAUCCAAGGAUGAAAAUGGAACGGCAGAUCCGAGGUAUCGCUACACGCUGACAUCUCUGAGGCAUCCAAGGCCACGCUGCAUUGGGUUCGCUCGACGACGAAUUGGUCGUGGUGGUCGCGUCAUAAUCGACCGGGUCUCGACCGAUCUGGACGAUCUGUGGUCCAAGCUGGACUAUAAGAUUAUCGAGUCGGAAACGGUGCCAGUGUCCAAAGGUGCCAUGGAACUGGAAGAGGAAAGCAUCGUCGUUCCGGUGGUGGUACCCUCAGCGACGACGGCGGCGGCGGCGACGGCGACGGCGACGGCGGCACCGGUGACGGUGGUGUCGGACAGAAAACGAAACGAAAGCAGUCUGGUUUGCGGUGGGGACAUAAAACGAAGAAAACAAUUAGUGAUCAAGGAAGAAACGGACUUGAAUGAACUGUUUAUGACGGGCGUUGGGUUGGUCCGAACAUCUAGUGGAAGCCCAAUGGAUACGGAUGCUAUCGUUAGGCUCAGUGGGGAUAUGGUGGAAGUGAAACAGGAAAAGUUUAAUGAUGAAAGGACAUCAGCGACGGGAACGACGACGUCCUCGUCGACGUUUGUAAUUAGUAGUAAUAAUAGUAGCAGUUGUAGUACUAGCGGUAAUGUGAAUAACUCAGAAAAUAAUGUGAUAAAAAGUGAAGCUGAUGGUAGUGAUGUGGAAGUGAAGCAGGAGGUCCUGGAAGAUUAUGAGCACAUGAUAGACAAUGUAAAUAAUAACUAUAGGAACCGGAUUAGUAACAAUAGCAACAGCAACAGCAGCAGCAUAAACAGCAGUCGACCGGUUAAUGGAAACGGCAGUAGUACUAACGUCAAUAGUAGGAACAAUUUUAUUCAAUCGUUUAGUAAUAGUAUUAGCAGUAGCAGUACGCAAAGUCGAGGUCUGUCUCAGCAUCAUCACGGUCAGUCAUCAGGGUAUCUUCUGCAUUCGACGGCCGGAGUGGUAUCCAGCGGGUCGAUGCAAUCUUCUAGUAGUCGCUUGAACGAAGAGUUUGGCUUGGGUAGCACAUCGGAGCCUAGCAAAGCCAUUGCCAGUGUAUAUACGGAACUGUUGAAUGAAAUUCAAUCCAGUUGGCUUCACUUCCGGCCGAAGACUCCGGAACCACUGCCACUGGAGGACGAUCUGUUGCAGGAUGAUCCGUUGUUCCAAACGGAUGCGAAUCGAAUAGCACUGGAGUUACAAGCUCUGGGUGAGGAACUUCCAGCCGACAUCUUCAACUACCCGACGGAAUCUGUAUAUCGAACAAAACCGUUCGCUCUGGAUAGCCUAGUGGAACCACAUCCGCUUGGGUUGGAUGAAACCAGUGCAGCCGGACGAAAAGAUGGUGACGAUUUGGGUAUCAAGCUGGAAACUUGCUCCAAUUCGGAUAACAAUCUCAGUGGGGACAGUUUGAAUGAUCUGAAUCUUAGUUUGAAUGAAUCUAACGAGGACGAAAAAAUGCUGGACAAAAUACUGCAAGAGUGCCAAAUUGACGAUAUGAAAUCGUUGAACCAGACAAGCAAUUUUUGGAAUGGAAUCCUAGAAGAUGGGAUACUCAAUCAGUUGGAGGGUGCUGAUGAGGCCGGUGCUGGCACUGGUACCGACGUUAAAGACGACCCCCUCACGGCUAAUGAACUGAUCGGUGCUUCUUCGACCGAGGAAGUCGCUGUUAACAAAAUUGGCUACUGCUCGGAACUGGUUGGUUUCGAUCGAGCCUCGGCGGUGGAACGCUUUAAAAGUAAACGACGGAAGAUCUUGAAACGCUGCAACUACCAGGUGGGCAGUAGUUUCUUCGCUUUGCAUAAUCCGCCACGGGAGGAGAUCUUCCGACCAAUAACCAGUGUUGAAGAAAAUGUUCCUGCAGCUGAUGAAAAGGUCAGCACAUCUGAAGCAGUGCCACCAGAAACCGAGAUUAAAACGGAAGAGUCUAGCGAACCCGUAUCUGCUACCAUUCCCGCCGAACAGAUUAAGAUCGAACCUCCUGAUGAAUUGCUGGCUGCAUCCUCGCCAUCCUCCUCAAUACAACCAACUCCACACCUUCAAACUAAUACGACCGUACUGCCUGCUGGAAGUGGCUAUCAGCAAGCGCUUACAACCCCGCACAUCAAAUUGGAACCCAUCAAUCAUCUGCAAGCUGCAUCUCCCGCCAUUCAAACGCCAACUCCUGCUGCAACAUCAUUCCUGAUCACUUCUCCUGCGGUGCAAGUGGUUCAACAGUCAUCCGCUGCUGGAACCGUAAUAAAUCCAUUAGUGGCCACGGCUCAAACUACCGUUCCGACGGUCGUUCAGCAUCAACAACAGCAGCAACAGCAGCAGCAGCAACAACAGCAGUCUACUGCUCAAAUCACCAUAGCAACGGGUACGGGAGUAAGCGUGAGCAGUAGUGGGAAUUCGACGCCAACUGGCAGUUACAUCGUUCAACAUACGACACCGAUUGUGCUAUCACAGCAACAAAUGCAACAGAUUGCAAACAGCGGCGGUAACAUAGUCACCGUCAGUGGUAACCAGGUGGUAGCGACGAAGCAGCAACUGGGACAGCAACCGCAUCAGCAGCAACAACAGCAGCAGAUACAGCUUCAGCAUGCGCAUUCCCAUCAGGGCGAGACGUAUGUACUGACGGCGACUCCGGCCGGAGCAUCGUCGCUUAAGAAGCAAAUCAAUGGACCGAACGAUAAAACAGUGAAACAAAACGUCAUAAACCCGAAGAUCCAUACGCUUAUAAACCAGAAGCUGGCCGCUGGUCAGAAGGCUGGUGAUCUCAACAAAAAACAGCUAGAGAUGAUCACGAAAGCUCUCGUUUCGUCGCAGAAAAUGAUCGUCAAAUCGGCAACUUCGGUGAACCAUGCUGGGGCGCAGAUAGUGCAGCAGCAGCAACAGCAGCAAGGUGGGAACGUGGGCACUAGCACGUACAACGUGAUCCACCAGAACUCACUGCAGCAACCGAUAACGAUUCUGUCGGCGACAAGUCAGAACCCGCAACAACCAACGCAGAACAAAAUCAUACUGACGUCGUCGCCCCAGCUGAUACAGCAAGCGGCCGGGCAGUUGAUGGCAGCGGCAGCUCACGGGAAAAUUGCUAUCAACUCCAACUUGAUGGCUGCCGCCGGACAGCAAGCCCAACAGCAUGCUCAGUUCCAAACAGAUGCCUCCGGUCAAGGUCAACCGGGAACAAUCACGUCCGGACAGCCGGGUCAGCACGUGAAGCUGGAAAAAACCGUCAACAUGCUGUUCGAUGCCGACAAGAAUCGGAUAGUGUAUACCAACAUUAAAAACAGUCGUGGUCAGUUCCUGGCCCAAAUUAAUCCAAAAGUGGUUAAUAUUAUUCAACCGAUUCAGCAACAAAAAUUGGUUAAUAAUGUUGGUACACUACAACAUCAGCAGCAACAAACGCAACAGCACACGACGACGGUUCAAAGUUUGCUGGGAGGAUCACCAACGACCACAAUUGUAAAUAGUAAAGGCUUUCAGCGAAUACCAGCGGUGAGUAUUCGCGCUCAGCAGCUGCAGCAGCAACAGCAGCAGCAGCAUCAACAACAGCAGCAGCAACAGCAACAACAACAACAGCAGCAGCAGCAUGAUUCGCAUGGUACGACGACGGUUGCACUCGCUACCAACAACGCAACCAACAGUAUCAAAUUCAUUCAAGUAACACCGGCGACGGCGGCCGUCGCUGCUGCGGCUGCUGCAGCCGCUGCUUCUGCCGCUAAUGAUAGUUCCGCAGCUUCCGCGGCAUCGGUUAGUGGCAGCAGCAGUACGGUGGCGACUGCUGCUACCAUGGUUGUGGCAUCUUCCUCCUCGAGCGGAACGGGACCCGGCGGAACGGGAGGCGGCGCGAGCUCCACUGCGACCGCUACUCCACCCACCAGUAUAAACAUUACCAACAGGUGAGAAUCGAAGAGCAGCCAGCUCGGUAGGUAACUGUUGAUAAUUUUAACUCUAACUUAUCAAUAACAAAUAUAUUUAGGUAAACUUGUCAGUGUUGUGUAAAAGCAAGAGAAAAAUACGAAAAUGAAGCAAAAAACACGAAGAACAAACAAAACCCAAUUCCAAAUUAUCUCAUAUUGUUGUAAUCCGAUGACGAACGAGAAAGAGAUUUGUCUCUCGCCUUUCGAUUCGUUGUGUUGUUUCCCUCACUCGAUUGGUAUUGAAAGUGACGUUUAAAUCAUACCUAGUUAGGAUUCCCUUAAAGUCCUACCUGUUAAUGAUUGUUAGUCGGGAUUCUCUUUUCGAAACAACAAAAGCAAGCGAAAAAUAACAGAUGAACUAUCAAAAUCGAAUCAGAUGUUUUUGAGCAGCAAAAGUUAUCAGAGUGAUAGUUUAUACGUACUUGUAAGAAUCUUCCUUCCAUUAUUUCUUGAUAGUGAGACAUCCAUAUAAUAUGAUACGAGAUACAGCGAAAUCAGAAAGUGCAGAACGCUGAAUUUUGUACGCUAAUCAGUUUUACAUCUUUCACGUAAACGAUAGAAAAAUAAUAUCGAGUUUAGAGGCGAGAAGUAUUUAAACCUGAAGGAAGAAAAUACAUUUAAGCGAAUAAUAUUGGAAAAUACUGUAAUUGUUUUGCAUUGCCGCUGCAUAUUCGUUUUCAGUUCAGGAAAAGUGGAUUUGCUUCCGCGUUGUUUAACUUUUUUUUGUUGGCAAAGAGGAGGAGAUUUUUUGGAAGUUAAUUUUUGUUUGUGCUUGCUUGCGAUUUUCAAUUUUGUUUUGAUUCGAAUGAGCAUUUUCUUGGAUUGUAAAUUUUCAAGGGAAACAGGUUUCUUUCUAUUAUUUGGAGCUCAGAGGGAGUAUGAUUAGAAUAAGUCUUCUCGCCAAAAAAAAAUCCAGAAAGGAUCCAUCAGAAUUUUCGUUGAGAUCCACUGAGCAAAAGCACUUAAAAGUUGUACUUUUACCCUCUACAGGCGCAAGUAAACUAUUGUCGAAAGGUCAUAGUUCGAAAUAGAUUUUUGUUUUGUCUUUACAUUCUUUCCUAAAUCUGUGUGUAAGAGUACAUAUAGUAAAGUCAAAACUGUCAAUCGGCCUCAACCAGAGGAGAAAGUGUUUUUCUUCGUAUUUGACUCAACGCGGGAGUAGCAUGGCGUGAUGAUCCAUUCUCUAGCUUUGAGGAGAUCAACAACACACAACGUAUCUUUGAGUCGGUCCUACACAAGUAAAAAUGUUGAGAAUAAGUCAAUUGAUGCUGCACUGCUAAAUAAGCUGAACUGAAGCCAUUUGUGUAGACAGGUUUGACGUGUUUAAGAGGCAUUAGACAAUACAAAUAUGGGCAACAUUUCUGCUCGUGUGGGAUCAACUGUACACAACAAGGAUUAGGGACAUGAUUAUGGAAAUGUUGAAGGAAAUUAGUGGGAGGAUUAAGCUUUUGAUUCUGCAUUCAGCAGUCUGUCCGCAAGAAAUAAUAAAAAUAAAAUAAAAUAAACAAUGUAAGCAACUACACUAGUAAUUCUAGUUACUCUUGUAAAAAUAGUUAAUAGAUAAUCUCUUGCACGAAAUGUGGCGAGAAUGCGAGUGCGCUGUGUUAUAAAGCUCUUUCUCCUUUCGGACGCUCAUAACGGUAUAUAAAAACGCUUAUAGCUCUCUUAAAAGCAGCGGGAGGACGACGAGGAUGGUACUUUCCCGGUAGGGUUGGCAACAACCGCCAAAGCUAUUAGGGCCCUUAGACGACACUGGAGGAAACGUCGAUCCUUGCCGCUUCCCGAACAAGGAGAGAAAAGACAAUUGUUUUAAAUUGUUCUUAUGUGAUUCAAAUGAAACAAGCAAACUUCUUUUCAACUUUCUUCGGUUCAGUCAGUUGAAGAGGUUUUUUCAUCAAGUGAUGAUGAUGUGUGUAUGUGAGUAUGUUUGUGUUUGAAUGCUUGUAAACAUUUGCGUGUUAAUUCUGUAUCUCUGUACGUGUAAAAAGUUCAAACUAGUUGAAACUGAAAGUUUUGUGGUUGAUAUCGAAAAAAAUUAUAACAUGAAACGAAAAAUCAAACACGCGAUUAAUUAUUUGAUGCGUCUUGGAGCUCUACUGAAGAAGGGAAAGAAGUGUGAAUAUGUUUAGGAAAUAAAAUAAAAACCAACUUCUGAUUGCGCUUGAACAUUGUAAUUAAAAAAAAUCAAGAAAGUAAAAUAUACUAACAGUUGUCAUUUACGUGUACUUUGGAGGAAAAAUUCAAAUAGAUCGCAAAACAAAAUUCAGUAAAAUAAUCAACAAAGUGAGAAAGAUACCAGGUUAAAACUAAUUCAGACCGGGAAACAUACUAAGCAAACGGAAAAAAACUAAACUACUAUCCUACGGAAGAAUGCAAAAAAAAACAACAUAAGCUGAAUAUACAUCAAUAUUGAGAGAAGAACGAAA